AUGGCUAGGAGGCGGAAUAGAAACGACGGCUGGGCCGGGGAGAUCGGCGAGAGGGUGAAGAAGGUUGAGGAGAAACGGAGGGCGGGCCUCCGGCUGGUCAGGUACGAGGAGCUGCCGGACUUUAUGAAGGACAAUGAAUACAUCCUCGACUACUACCGCUCGGAGUGGCCUCUGCGGGACGCCGUCCUCAGCGUCUUCUCCUGGCACAACGAGACACUCAAUGUGUGGACGUAAUCACCCCCCGCCGCUCGCCUUCGUCUCACCGAAAGCUCCUCUCUAUCCCUCCGUCUCUCUAAUCGGAUUGAGUUUUCUCCUUCUGUGAUCAGGCAUCUGGGGGGAUUCCUCCUCUUCCUGGCCUUGACGGUGGCGAGCUCGUCGGACGUCAUCGAAGCCGGGCAAUUUCUCAUCCCCGGUUUCUCUCGGUUGGGUCAUUUUCUAAGACUUUCUCCCUUGGUUAUCUGCCAUCCGUCGACUUCCCUCCGAUUGUCUGACCCCGAAAUCGCCGCCGGUUGUGCAGAUCCGGCAACUCCACAACGGGAUGGAACAUUCUGGGAAGCAGAUCAUCGGUGAGAGGACAUUCUCUUAUUCCUUCGAUCCCUACGUUAACUUUUCGCAAGCAAUGAAAAAUCAUCUAGCAAAGAAUUCAACUCCUAUGAAGUUCUCCGCACAGAAUCACCCUUGGUCUUAACUAUCCAUCAGGGAUCCAAUUCUGAGCUCCUUUUUGUGGACAAACGUGACUAAACCCAGCUGAAUUUCGGAGACGAUUCCUCAGAGAGCUAUCAUCUGUCUCUGUUUUCCCCAUCUUUAUUCACGUUUCAUCUACUUCUUUCUACCAUAAGAAUAUGACUGUCAGCGGUUAACCCAUCGAUGAAUAGAUAGUCAAAUAAAACAUGCAUAUGAUGAACAGACAUGCAUUUGUUGACAAGCUGGCAUCGGCAAGAAGCCCAUCACCAAGAUCCAACAUUUCUCAUGGAUUUCGACUCAGACGUGGGACUCGGGCCCGAUUCGUCGAAAACAGUUAAUCCGGUUGACAAUUGCGAGUGACAUUUGCCCAGUCUAUGAUCCAUGGCAAUCGCUGGUAACCAGACCUUUCUUCGUCCUGUUUUGUUGCUGGGCAGGAUGCGCCACCGGAGGAGGAAGCCGCCGUCAAAUGGGCGGCGCCGAGAUGGCCGAGGGCGGUGUUCAUGGCGGGCUCCCUGAUGUGCCUGGGCUGCAGCAGCGUCUCCCACCUGUUGGCCUGCCACUCCCGGCGCUUCAACAACUUCCUCUGGAGCCUGGACUACGCGGGGAUCUCCUUCAUGAUCGUCACCUCCUUCUUCCCGCCCAUAUACUACGCCUUCCUAUGCCAGCCCCUCCCCCGGUUCCUCUACCUCGCUACCAUCUCCUUCCUGGCCCUCCUCGCCUCCUGCGCCUUCCUCAGUCCCACCCUCAACGCCCCCGAGUACCGCAAGCCCCGAGCGGUGCUCUUCCUCGUAAUGGGCUUCUCCGGCGUGGUGCCGGCUGUGCACGCUGCGUCGCAGAACUGGGGGCACCCUGCGUGCCGCGUCGCGCUGGCCCUGGAGGCGCUCAUGGGAGCGGCCUACGGCGCCGGGGCGUGGGUGUACGCCAGCCGCGUGCCGGAGAAGUGGAAGCCCGGGGUGUUCGACCUCGCCGGGCACAGCCACCAGAUUUUCCAUCUCUUUGUCAUCGCGGGGGCGCUACUUCACUACGCCGCCAUUGCCGUGCUCCUCGAGUGGCGGGACGCGCUUCCCUGCCCCCGCCCUCUGUGA